AUGGAGAGGUUAGCCAGUAGUAGGGGAGUUGUGUUCACGGUGGCUGCAGUUGCAGCGUUGCUGCUGCAAACAUUUGGCGCGGCAACAGCAGCUAACUGCAGCGCCCGCUGCGGAGACAUCAGCAUCUCCUACCCAUUCGGGAUCGAGGCCGGCUGCUACCACGAUGGCUUCAACCUCACCUGCGAUCACUCGUACCGGCCACCCAAGCUGUUCCUCGGCGAUGGCACCGUUGAGGUGCUCGAGAUCUCCAUUCCCAGCGGCACGGUACGCGUCAACAGCAGUAGUGUCACGCUCUUACCUGCACCAGGAGCACCGAGCAGUGUCAACAGCACAAGCAAGUACCACACAUGGGGUGGGCUCAGAAGGGGCGGCCCCUUCUUCGUCUCACCAGAGAAGAACAAGUUCCUUGUGCUGUCAUGCAGCAACGUCCAGGUCCUCCUCCUUGCCGAGGACAACAGCACCGUUAACGCCUGUGCCACCUACUGCCCACCGGCCCCGGGAAAAGGCCAGCCUUAUCAGUUCCCCUUGAACAAAGAGUGCUCAGGGAUUGGCUGCUGUAGUGCUGCCAUCCCGAAAGGUUACACCUCCUACAGCAUCCAGGUCCAGCCGCCUGGCAAUGUUUCUGAAUUUGAUGCCGAAUCUUCAGUGUAUAUAGCUGAGGAGGGAUCCUACAAUGUCACGCGCCUCAUCUUUGAGACUGUACCUACUCUCCCGGUCUUGCUGGACUGGGUAAUCAGCAACUCAACAUGUAGCAAGAAGCUGCCUACCACACCUGCAUCUGCGUGUCGCAGCAGCAGCAGCUUCUGUCAGAACUAUACAAGCUUUGCUUACAGUGGGCACCGAUGUGGCUGCUCUGCUGGCUAUCAAGGCAACCCUUACGUUGUGAAUGGAUGCGAAGACAUUGAUGAAUGCACGCAUUGGGAACUCCACUCAUGCUAUGGAACCUGCAUAAAUACGCCUGGAGCGUUUCGCUGCCAAUGCCCCCAUGGGACCUAUGGGAACCCCUCCAUUGAAGGGGGGUGCAUCAAGAACAAGAAUUCCUCUCAAGGUUUAAGCAUAGGCCUAGUAGUUAGCGGUGGGUCAAUUCUUGUGUUUCUGGCUCUUGGUGCUCCCUUGGUAGCACGUAGUAUCAAGCAACAGAGGGCGGAAAAAAGAAAACACAAGUUUUUCAAGCAAAAUCAUGGGUUGCUGUUUCAGCAAUUAGUUUCACAAAGGGCAGACAUGGGUGAACGGAUGAUUAUCACCUUAGCAGAGCUAGAGAAGGCCACAAACAAUUUUGACACCACUCGUGAGGUUGGUGGUGGAGGACAUGGCAUCGUGUAUAAAGGCAUUCUGGAUCUACAGGUUGUAGCCAUCAAGAAAUCAAAGAUUAUCGUACAGAGAGAAAUCGAUGACUUUAUUAAUGAGGUUGCAAUUCUUUCUCAAAUCAACCAUAGGAAUAUCGUGAAGCUCAUUGGAUGUUGUCUGGAGGCAGAAGUCCCAUUGUUGGUUUACGAGUUCAUUUCAAAUGGAACUCUUGAGCAUCAUCUGCAUGUAGAAGGACCAAUGUCAUUAUCAUGGGACGACCGAUUAAGGAUUGCACUUGAGAUUUGUACAGCUCUAGCCUAUCUACAUUCCGCUGCUUCAAGACCAGUUUAUCAUAGAGAUAUUAAGUCCGCCAACAUACUUCUUGACGAAAGUUUGACAGCCAAGGUAUCAGAUUUUGGGGCUUCAAAGUUUAUUCCUAUUGAUCAAACUGGGGUGACUACUGCUGUUCAAGGAACGAUUGGCUACUUAGAUCCCAUGUACUAUUACACGGGUCGUCUAACAGACAAGAGCGACGUUUUCAGCUUUGGUGUACUUCUCGUUGAACUUCUUACCAGAAAGAGACCACUCGCCUAUAAUUCAGUUGAUGGAGAUAGUCUUAUUCUACAUUUUGCGUCAGUAGUUACAGAAGGUGUCCUGGCUGACUUACUGGAUCCUCAGGUCAUGAAAGAGGAAGAUGGAGAAGUCCAAGAGGUAGCUGCUCUGGCAGAAAAGUGUGUAAGGUUGAAUGGAGAAGACCGGCCGGCAAUGAGAGAAGUGGAGAUGACACUUCAAAACUUGCGGAUCAAGAGGAAGCAAGCUGCACGUGAUGCAACAUCAAGGAGGUAUGACGACGACCAAUUUUCUUCUGAUGACAUGUCAAGUGAAAGGGACAUCGAGGAACUGAGUAUGCAGUACACUGUGGAAGAGGAAGUAUUCUUGUCAGAGAGGCUGCCUCGAUGAUGUCCUGUUUCGGGCUCAAGUACAUUUGUAGUGUAUAGUACCUUCCUAUUUGGAACUUGUUGUAGCCCCUUCAAAUGCAU